AUGGCUACGAUUAACGAAAAGUUCCCAAUCGACCUCGCUAAAUAUCAAAAAAUCAAGCUCGACGCGACAAAUCCAAAACUUACCGAUGAGCAACGAAAUGCUCUCAAAGCCAACAUUCAGCUGCUUCGUGACGUGAUCGUGUUUUUUACUGCGACUGGAGCUGCACGAGGUGUUAGUGGACAUACUGGUGGUGCCUAUGACACUGUGCCAGAAGUCUGUUUGCUGCUUUCCUUGAUUGAGGGCAAUCCUGAGAAGUAUGUCAAUAUCCUUUUCGACGAAGCUGGUCACCGUGUUGCAACACAGUACUUGCUCGCUGCACUUGAUGGCCAUCUACCCCCAGAACACUUGCUCAACUACCGUGCAGCCAACUCCAAACUCCCUGGCCACCCCGAGUUGGGCUUGACACCCGGAGUCAAAUUCUCGUCAGGCCGACUCGGACAUAUGUGGCCCUUGGUAAAUGGUGUUGCUUUGGCCAAUAGGGAGAAGGUAGUUUUCUGUCUGGGAUCUGAUGGUUCCCAACAAGAAGGCAAUGACGCGGAAGCCGCGCGGCUCGCUGUUGCUCAAGGCCUGAAGGUCAAGUUGUUCAUUGACGACAACGAUGUGACCAUUGCUGGUCAUCCCUCCGAGUACUUGAAGGGCUACGACGUGCAGAGGACUCUCGAGGGUCAUGGAUUGAAGGUCGUCAAGGUCGACGGAGAAAAUCUCGACGCUUUGUGGGAGGCCGUCAGUACCACCGUCAGCUACGAUGGUCCUUCUGCAGUCGUCUCCAAGCGUAAAAUGGCUCCAGGUAUUGCCGAAAUCGAGGGCACAACCCAUGGACACGAUGUCAUUCCUGUCAAAGCGGCUCUCAAGUACUUUGAAGGGAAACCUUACUCUGGUAUCGCUGACAUCCUCAAUAGCAUCAAGCCGAACCCGCAGCCCUAUCUAUACAUCGGAUCUACGAAGGAAGUCGCUGCCAACCGUGUGGUCUUUGGGGAGGCCGUCAACGGUGUUCUCGACAAGCUUAGCAAAGAAGAGUCCGCGAGACGCGUCUUGGUUAUUGAUAGUGACCUCGAGGGUUCUACAGGAAUUAAGGCGAUUCACCAGAAGCACCCUGAAGUCUUUGUCCCCUCCGGUAUCAUGGAACGAGGGAACUUUAGUGCUGCGGCAGGUUUCGGUUUCGACAAGGAGAAGACUGGUGUCUUCUCGACUUUCUCGGCUUUCCUCGAGAUGAUUAUCUCUGAAGUAACAAUGGCCCGCUUGAACAAUUGUAACGUUCUUUGCCACUUCUCGCAUUCGGGAGUUGACGAAAUGGCUGACAACACUUGCCACUUUGGUAUCAACUCCAUGUUCGCUGACAACGGUCUCGACGAUGUGGAAACGUUCCUCUACUUCCCUGGCGACCCCUUACAGAUGACCGCCAUUAUCAACCGUGUCUUCUUUGAGCGAGGAGUUCGAUUUGUUUUCAGUAAUCGUUCCAAGAUCCCAUACAUCUUGAAAGAAGAUGGCAAGACUAGGUUCUUCGAGGACAACUACGAGUUCAUUCCUGGCAAGGAUGAGGUCAUUGUUGAAGGCAAAGCCGGAUAUGUGGUGACAUUUGGUGACAUGCUCUACCGAUCAUACGAUGCCGUUUUGCGAUGCAGGGAGCAAGGUUUGGAUGUCGGUCUUGUCAAUAAGCCGACAUUGAACAUUAUUGACGAAGAGGCCAUCCGCAAGGUCGGCUCGAGUCCAUUCGUCCUUGUCGUUGAGUCAUUCAACAGAAAGACUGGGCUCGGAUCGAAAUACGGCACAUGGCUCCUGGAGCGUUCGCUCACACCCAAGUACGAUUACAUGGGUACUCACAAAGAAGGAUCGGGAGGUCUUUGGGAACAAAAUCACCAUCAAGGCCUUGACCCGCAAGGUAUCAUUGCCAAGAUCAAGACGCUGCAUCAGGGCUCUCGCAAGUAA